UUUUUCUUUUCAUCAACUGUGUGUGUGCUAUAAUAUUUAUGUACAUACACCUUUAGCCAAUAUCAACCAAUUGUACACUGUAUUAUUGUGUUAUGUUCUGCAGUGCGUUUCCAGAGGACUACAAUAAAGAUCUAUACAAAGCACACACGGAGGACCUCUACAAGGGGCUGCUGGUGCACUUAGAUGAUCCAUCCUCACUAAUACAGGAUGCAGUACUGGUUGUGCUAAAGGAAGCCUCUCAUUUGAAUCCUGACCUCCUGAGGAGACAGGUGGAAGAUGUCAAACAGAAACACAGAGAACAAAGGUCAUGUCUAUACUGUGACGAGCUUUUGGAAUUUAUGAGACAAAACUGAACUGAUGACAACAACCAUUGAAAAGAGAACUGAUGCAUAUACACCAUUGCAUAUUUUUAUUGUAUACAUUCAUUUUGAAUCAAAAUGACCACCAGGGAGACGGGGAAGAUUACUUUUUCUCGUAGAUAGAAAGUUCGAUGUCAUCGUCCUCCUCUGCUCUUCUCAGGCGUUCAUAC